AAAAAUGUGGAAAAACAGGUAACAAAUCAUUUAUUUUUGACAGGCCUUUUAUAAGUAUCUUUCUCGUUGAAUGCAAUAACUUAAGUGAACAUUUACAUAAGAUUUUCUUUGUUAGAUAUAAAAAACGUAUCAAAACUACUAUUUCCUGUGCAUCGGUGUUUAUAGAGUGCGUGAAAUUUAAAUAGAGAAAUACAGUAUGUACACCUGAUGAGUAAAUGACUAAUGGUCAAUGAGAAUACAUAAUUAAAUACAUAAGGACGGCUGAUAAAUCAGCUGAUGUCAGGUUUUGUACAUAGCUACAUACAUGUUCUUUGCGAAAAGUUUAAUGGUUUCAAUGCCGAUAUACGAUAAAGAUUUUCAAACAUGGAAAUUGAUGAAAUAGUGAGAGACAUUUUUGGUUCAGAUAUAUUCUUAGAAUCUACUGAUAGAAAAUCUAGCAAUGAAAGUGAAAAAUCUUCAAGGAUAGCUCAUAGUUUAGAUUCAACAAAUAGGUACAUUGAAAGUGCUCUUUUAAAAGAUGCUCCAGAGAAAAAUGUAGAAGACAAAAGAAUUGGCAGAAUUGGACCAAAUGUUGUCAGAUUUGACAUAACAUCAUGUCUAGGAUUAUUCUCAAUUUCUCCUGAUAAGCUUACUCUUAAUGGCACAAGUAAUUUUAACACAAUGAGAGCAAAUACAGCAGUAUAUCAAGGAAAAUGGAUGUAUGAAGUUCAACUUGGAACCAAAGGUCUCAUGCAAAUUGGUUGGAGUACAAUUAAUUGUAAAUUCACUCAAGAAUCUGGUGUUGGAGAUACCAUUAAUUCAUAUGCUUAUGAUGGAAACCGUGUUAGAAAAUGGAAUGCAGCUACGUUUACAUAUGGAGAACCAUGGCAUGCAGGAGACAUUAUUGGAUGUGCAUUAGACUUAGAUAACGGAAAUGUUGAUUUUUAUAGAAAUGGUAGAUAUCUUGGGCGAGCUUUUGAAAAUAUAUCAAUGGGUGCUGGUUUUGCAUAUUUUCCAACAGUAAGUCUUGCACUAAGAGAAGGUUUAACAGCUAAUUUUGGAUCCACACCAAUGCACUAUCCUUUAGAAGGAUAUGAGCCAUUACAAGCAAUUCCAAAACAAGAAAUACAUCAAGCUGUACUUUUAUUCAAAUGGUUUUUGAAAAUAGUAGAACAGAUAGAUACGAUACAAAAUAUGAACAAAGAGAGUGAUAUAAGUAAAGAGAUUAUACACAAAGAAAAGUUACAUAAUGAAGAUAUGAAUGUACAGACCUAUUUAAUGUGUCUUUCAAAUUGCGUUUUAAAACAUAUAGGACCUUUAGUUUCAAUGCCAUAUGUUACGGAAUAUAUUGUAGUUCCUUUUAUAAGACAUCUUUCAGAACCAGAAAGUUCUUUAUUGUCAACAUGUUUAGAUUUAUUAUGGACAUUUCUUGAAGAGCAUGAACUCAGGAUAUGUUUAGAAACUAUUGUCGUUUUUUUACUGUCUGCAUUCAGACACGUAUCUUACUUAGUUGAAUAUUCUGAUCAGUGUAAGAACUUGCUUCUUCUAACAAAACUUUGUAAACAUGUAUCAACGCGUCAGUAUUUAUUGCAACAUUUACUCUUUGAUCAAGUAAGGCUUCCAAAUUUCUUGAAUGUUAAAGCACCAGAUAAAAAAGGACUGAUUGACAUAGUUAGUAAUGUAUGGUGGGAAACAGAUCCUGUAGAUUUAACAGUUGAAGCUAAUAAAGAAAGUUACUUAGAAGCUUGUCAACAAAUUGAAACUACAAUCUCUGAACUAGAAACAUUACAAGUACAAUUUUUAAUAAUUCUUCUUGACAAUUCUGAUGGUAAUGAAAGAAGACCAACUUCAAGAACUAUAUUUUUAAGAAAAUUCAAGCGUUUUGUUCCUGUAGCAAGUAUUAAUCCGGCACCAAUUAAUCUUUGUUGUAUUUAUCGACUUCUGAUCGCAUUCAAAAUUUUAUGGGAUGCCGAAGUUGGAACAUCACCUGUUUAUGUGCCUUCCAGGGUAUUUUACGAUGGAUCGAUCGACUACUCCAGAAUCGAAAGACUGGGUGGAUUAGUGUCUCAUUUGAACAAGAUGCACAGAGGUGAACUAAUACAACUGUUAGGGUCUGAACACCAAACAAUUGUUACAAUGGAUCAAACUCAAGAAACAUCUCAUUCAUAUAGGAUGGCACUUGUUCGAGUGAAUAACAUGAAUUCACUAGAUCAAGGAAGAUCAAUAAUCCUUGAUACAACAUCAUUACCCAUGAACACUGCAGAUCCAACUACAUCUUUGCUUGAAUUACUCGAUAGUAUUAUUUUAUUUUACCAUCUAGCAGCAAAGAAAUCAUUGGCAACAGUGGCUCUUCUUAGGAAUAGCAUGUUAGAAUAUAUUUCUGCCAAUCAAAAUAUAAAAAUACGACUAGAAGAAGUUAAACAGAAAGAGAAGCUUGAAUCUGUGUCAAUCGAGCAAGAAUUACUCAGAUCCAUUAACGUUUUCAAUGCUAAGUUAAUAGAACAGGGAAGACAUAUGGCGUGGAUUCGUGCUGCUGUUUAUUCAAAGGAGAAACAAUCACAACUAGCAUGGCUUCUAAAAGUGGUCAUGUUGACUUUGACGAACGCCAGCUUAGAAGGAAACAUGUUUAGUUUUGUCCCGGACUUUUACGUAGAAGCACUAGCCGACUUGUGUGGUGGUUUACGAAAUCAUAUGCAUCCAACAGCACGUAUUGAACAAAUUCCAGAUUACCAACAAAUGUUUUUGAACACAGCUAAAUUUCUUUGUGAUCAUUUUAUGGACUCUCGUAUAGUAAAUGUAGAUUCUAAGAGCACGUUACUUUUGAUGCUAGCUGGAUUCGUGUUCAAUCCACUUACAUUAAAAGCUAUGGAAAGUGUACCAGAAGAGAGUCGAAUAAAACUUGUUACAAACUUAUUGAAAUCAUACGAAAACAGGGCAUGGGCCGAGUCAAAUUGGAUUUUAGUCAGAUUUUGGCAAGGUAAUGGCUUUGCCUUUCGACAUGAAAGAAACCCACGUUUUUUGAAAAAAGUUGGACCAAAACCAUAUCAACAAGAAUCAAUUUCUCAACCUAGAAAGCCAUGUCCGUCCAUUGUGUACCAAGGCCACAUAAGGGAUGUAUUAUUGAAAAAUCUUCAAGACACGACAGCGUUCUUAAAUUCUUUACUGAAUUUGCUGAACUGGACUUUCUCCGAGUUUAUUGGAAUGGUUCAAGAGAUUCACAAUGUUUCAUCCAGGCCCGAAAGAGUCUUCAUUGAAUCUAGACAGCUAAAAAUUUGCGCCACAUGUUUCGACUUAACGAUUUCGCUAUCGAGAGUUUUGGAAAUGAUCAUCACUGUGGUUCCGGAUAUCUUCAAUAAUUCACCACAGUCUUUCAGUGAAAAUCUGUUGUUCAGAUUGUGCCAACUACUUUGUCAAAUUUUAAAUAGAAUUAGCUCACAAACUAGUUGCUUCCAACAUGUUGUGUUAUUGGAAAUCUCAGAUUUAGAGUUGGUGGAUCACUACCCAAUACUAGCAGCAGUUACAGGUAUUUUGUUGGCAUUACUGAAUGAUGAUAUGAUCAACUGUAAAUCAAAACCCAUAACAGAAGUACCAAGGAUUACUCAAACCCUAUUGAUAGAGCCGAGUUUUCAAAUGAGCACUCUUUAUUUCUUGCUAGGAGAUUCGAAAGUUGAAGAUAAGCAAGGAAGAAAUAUAAAAAAAUUUUCUUUUUCAAAUUAUAAAAAUAACGUAACGGAAGAAGAAAUUGAAAGAGUGAAAGGCAUGAUAGAAUAUUUAGACGAGUGUCGUGCUAUUUUACCAAACUCAAAAAUUUCAAGCGAUAAUGGUGAUAUUUGCACAAUAUGCUAUGCACAACCUAUAGCAGUAAUUUUUAAACCUUGUAAUCACCAAACAUGUCGUAUUUGUAUCGACCGACAUCUCUUAAACAGUAGAUCAUGCUUUUUUUGUAAAGUUACGAUCGAGAAAGUCAUAGACCUUUCUAGCAACGUGUUACACGAUUUUAGUAACGAAAUUACGUCCUCGAAAUAAUCCAUGAAAUCGUGUUGACGAUAUAAUAUUAUCUUGAAAAUAAUUAUAAAAAUAAAUUUCUUGUAAAUGCUAUGAUAGAUUCUGGAGAAAAGUAAACAAAUUGUAUAAAAUGUUAUGUAAAAUUUUAUUUAUUUAAUAUUAUUUUCUAUCACUCUGUCUUAAAGAUUUAUGAAUGCAGUACAAAAAUAAAAAAUUAUAAAUUUUAGUCUUUA